AUGGCAUCCAUGUUUCGGAGUGAAGAGAUGUGUCUGAGGCAACUUUUUCUUCAGGUGGAGUCUGCCUAUUGCUGUGUUUCAGAACUUGGAGAGCUGGGUUUGGUCCAGUUCAGAGAUUUGAAUACAAAUGUGAACAACUUUCAAAGAAGAUUUGUGAAUGAAGUAAGAAGAUGUGAAUCCUUAGAAAGGGUCCUUCGUUUUCUGGAAAGCGAGAUGGGGGAGGAGAUCCUGCCUGUCAUAUAUGGGAAAUAUCCAGAUACUCCACCACCACGAGAAAUGAUUGACUUAGAGGCAGUCUUGGAGAAACUGGAAGGUGAGUUGGAAGAAGCCAACCAGAAUCUGCAGGCAUUGAGGCAGAACUUUCUAGAACUUACUGAACUCAAACAUCUCCUGAAGAAAACCCAAGACUUCUUUGAGACUGAGACUAAUUUGCCUGAUGAUUUCUUCAAUGAAGAUACUUCAGGGCUAUUGGAACUAAGAAGCACUCCUGCAGCAGUUGCUGCAAAACUGGGAUUCAUAGCUGGUGUGAUUAAAAGAGAGAGGCUGGUGACUUUUGAACGUUUGCUGUGGAGAGCCUGCAGGGGAAACAUCUACCUGAAGUUCAGUGAAAUGGAUACAUCCUUGGAAGAUCCUGUCACUAAAGAAGAGAUGAAAAAGAACGUAUUCAUCAUCUUCUAUCAAGGGGAGCAGCUGAGACAGAAAAUCAAGAAGAUUUGUGAAGGGUUCCGUGCUACUGUAUAUCCCUGUCCUGAAUCAGCUGCAGAACGCCGAGAAAUGGCUGCUGGCGUAAACACGAGGAUUGAAGAUCUCAACACAGUGAUCACCCAAACUGAGUCCCAUCGACAGGGGCUAUUGAAGGAAGCAUCUGCAAACCUGUGGGCCUGGGGGAUCAAAGUGAAGAAAAUGAAAGCCAUCUAUCACAUCCUGAAUUCUUGCAACAUUGAUGUCACUCAGCAGUGUGUCAUUGCAGAGAUCUGGUUCCCUAUGGUUGAUACCCCCAGGAUAAAAAGAGCACUAAAUCAAGGAAUGGAACGAAGUGGUUCUACAAUCAACCCCAUCCUGACUGCUAUACAGACCAAGCUGGAACCUCCUACCUUUAACCGAACCAAUAAAUUCACUGCUGGAUUCCAGGCCAUUGUAGAUGCAUAUGGUGUUGGGAAUUAUAGGGAGAUUAAUCCAGCCCCCUUCACUAUCAUUACCUUCCCUUUUUUAUUUGCGGUGAUGUUUGGCGAUUGUGGUCAUGGUACAGUCAUGCUGGGCUUUGCACUGUGGAUGAUCAGCAAUGAGAAGUACUUUUUAGCUCAGAAAAGUGACAGUGAGAUCUGGGACAUCUUUUUCAGUGGACGCUACUUGAUCCUUCUCAUGAGUAUCUUCUCCAUUUACACUGGCUUUAUUUACAACGAUUGCUUCUCCAAAUCGCUCAACAUAUUUGGAUCUUCCUGGCGUGUCCGACCCAUGUAUAACAAUGGUGGAUGGACGGACGAAAUUGUUCAUGAGAGUGGUGUUCUGCAGUUAGAUCCAAAAACAAAAGGUGUAUAUUCCGGAAACCCCUAUCCUUUUGGAAUUGAUCCGAUCUGGAAUAUUGCCGUCAAUAAGCUGAAUUUCUUGAACUCGUACAAAAUGAAAAUGUCUAUCAUCAUGGGAAUCACACACAUGGUUUUUGGGGUCGUACUUAGUCUCUUCAAUCAUAUUUACUUCAAGCAAACUACCAACAUUGUCCUGCAGUUCAUUCCAGAGAUGAUCUUCAUAAUCUCCCUAUUUGGUUACCUCGUCUUCAUGAUUAUUUUCAAGUGGUGCCGAUUUAAUGUGUAUAAUGUCCAGGAUGCUCCAAGCAUCCUCAUUCACUUUAUCAAUAUGUUUAUGUUUAGCUACGAUGAUGCAACAAAUCCUCCUUUAUACGAGCAUCAGCAAGAAGUUCAAACUUUCCUGGUCAUUUUCGCCUUGAUUGCCAUACCUUGGAUGCUUCUGAUUCAGCCUUUUAUUAUCCGAGCCAAGCACCAGAAAGCUCAGAAUAGGUUGGCUUCAUCAAGUCUGUCAGAAAGUCCUACUGGUGAUAUCGAAGUAGAGAUCAUGGACUCCAACAACUCUGAGAAAACAAACCAAGAAGUUGAUAGCGGUGGAGGCCAUGGAGGCCAUGACCAUGAAGAAUUCAACUUUGGAGACAUCUGCGUGCACCAGGCAAUCCACACCAUUGAAUAUUGCUUGGGUUGCAUUUCCAAUACAGCUUCCUAUCUCCGGCUUUGGGCACUUAGCUUGGCUCAUGCACAGCUCUCAGAGGUUCUUUGGAACUUGCUGUUUUCAAUAGGCUUUAAAAUGACUGGCUGGAUAGGACUCAUUGGGAUUUUUGUCCUCUUUGCCAUUUUUGCUGCUCUGACAAUAGCAAUUCUACUCAUCAUGGAAGGUCUUUCUGCCUUUCUACAUGCACUCAGGCUUCACUGGGUGGAAUUCCAGAACAAAUUCUACUCUGGUUCUGGCUCUUUUUUUGCACCAUUCUCCUUCAAGACCAUAAUAGAAAGGAAGGAAGAAUGA